UUCUCCUGCGGGGAAACCGCUUUUAUGUGCUUCUCCUCGUCAAACCGCGCGACUUUAUGCGCGCUUAUUUGCUGUGUUUCUCGCUCUCGUGUGACAGCGCUGUCUCUUCGCGAUCAACAGACGUUUGAACAAAAACCGGAAGCGCGCCAAAGAGGUUUCGAUUGGGCGAGCCGCCCACGUGACCACGCGGCAGCGACGUAGAGCUUCUCUAAAACAACAACGGAUCAAUUUUAUUAUUUUUGCAAAUCAAAAUAAUUCGUAUUUUUAACGUACAACAAUAGCGGUGUUGUUUCGCCUGCAUUUUUGUUCGUGAUAAAUUUUGCCGUUAAGCAAAAACGUUCCCUUACGUUGCAUGCCGGGAAAAUGAGUUUUUCAUGUGCGCUUAAACGUUAACAGUUUUGAUUGUUCUACACAAAGUUACUUUUAAGGUAAUUUUAGGGUAUUAAUUGUAAUUUCUCAGAGGCCUCUAUACACUUUCCGCAUGUUUUAAUCCUUUUAAAUCACUGUUAUUUUAAUACCUUGGAACCAAAAGACUACAUUUCCCUACACACCCCCGUUCUCGCAGCGCUUCCUGUGUUGACACGCUCCGAUUCAAGACCAGCUUAAUUGAUAAGAGUGCGUCUGAUAUCGAAACAUACACUAAAUGUACGCUUUUAACUAUCAUUAUUUUGAGCAUUUAAAGUGUCACGCUGCCUUUUCGCGCUUCCCCGGAGAAUCCCAAUAUGGAUAACCGCUGUUACGGCUGCGCGUCAAAGUUCAGUCUCUUCAGAAAAGAGUUGGGUUGUAAAAACUGCGGCCGUUCUUUCUGCUCUGGAUGCCUGACCUUCAACGCCGUGGUGCCAAAAUAUGGAAACGGCCAGCAGAAAGUCUGCAAACAGUGCUGUGGGAACUUAACAAGUUCGGGCAACCAGACAGAUGCUGGCAGAUGGUCCCCGCCGGAAAACUACAAAAAGCGGGUCGCUGCCCUUGAAGCCAAACAAGCUCCGCAGAACCAGCCUUGCAGACCCACGGGAGCCAAAAGCAGCUCGGCGAGUCUGGUUUCCACCAGAGGACUAGGCAAAGAGGACCAGAUCAUCGCAGAGCGACUCCACAAGCUCAAAGAGGAAACCAAGCCAAAGUCCAUCCUCUCAGAGAAGGAGCUGGAGGCCCGCCUCGCCGCUUUAAAGGCCCCCGCGGAGCCGGUGCCGUCCGCUAAAGACAUGGAGGAGCGUCUGGCUGCUUUACAGGGACGUCCUUCUCCGUCUCAGGCCCCGCGACCCGCUCACCGGCCGCCCGACGGCAGGACCCAGACGCAGCAGGCCGAGGACUUGAUCACUCAGAUGACCGAAGAAGUUGUCAUCGACGACCAGCAUCUGUCUUCAGAGGAUGCGGACGGACCGCUAAACGACCUGAAUAAACACGAGGGCGGCGGCGUGAACGAGAACGUGGAUGACGGCGAGCUGUCCGUCAAACAGCUGGAGGCGGAGAAGAGCCGCGUGCUGGAGGAGGCCAUGCUGGAGCUGAAGAGAGACCGACGCGGCCAGCAGCAGAUGCUGGAGAUGACCAGGAGACUGGCUUUACUGCAGGGACGGGAUCCUGAGCGCGUCGGAGCGUCAGACCUCCAGCGAGCAGACAGCGACGAGGAGACGGAGGAGGAGGCCAUCAGCAGGGUGAUGAAGCAGGUCUGUCCUGAGGCGGCUCUCGAUGAGGCCAGUGGCUACAACAUCCCACCAGAGCUCAGCGGACCAAUGAACAGAGAGAAGGACACGUCGAGCAGGAGACCGCGGUCCAAAUCAAAGCCGGCGGCUGCAGUCUCUCAGAUCCGGAGGCUGAACGAUGAAGAUGAUGAUGAUGAAGAUGAAGAGCUGCCGUGGUGCUGCGUCUGCAAUCAGGACGCCGUCAUCCGCUGCCACACAUGUGAGCGGGAUCUGUACUGCGCCCGCUGCUUCAGGGAAGGCCACGACCGAUACGACAGGAAAGAGCACCGCACUUCCUCUUUCUCGGCCAAGAAGACCUCCUGAGACCUCCGCCGGCGCUCAAGUAACUUAUUUAAGAAAACAAUACGAAAGCCGCUUCGAUGUGCUUCUGUCAAACGCGGCAGCCUUAGACGUAACGGGCUCAGACUAAAUAUAAUACUGGACUUUUAUUGCAUCCGCCGUAGAACUGCGUUAGGACUUCCUGCUCGAACCGGUUUAUUAGCUGUAGGAUCUGAAGCCGUCCUGGUCUUUGCCUGUAUUUCCAUGUAGUGAUGAAUAAGUAGGGCGGCGUCCAGCGGACAUUUUAA